CUGACAGAGCUCACCAGACUCUUCCAAAAGUGCAGAACUUCGGGGAGUGUUUUCAUAACGCUGAAGAAAUAUGAUGGCCGAACAAAACCAGUCCCACGCAAAGGCCACGUAGAAAGUUUUGAACCAGCAGACAAUAAGUGUCUUCUAAGAGCAACUGAUGGAAAGAAGAAAAUUAGCACAGUGGUGAGCUCAAAGGAAGUAAAUAAAUUCCAGAUGGCAUAUUCAAAUUUGCUGAGAGCUAACAUGGAUGGCUUGAAGAAAAAAGACAAGAAAAGCAAAAACAAGAAGAGUAAAGCAACACAGUGACGGAACAGUGUCCUGCCAUCACUAUAACAGACUUGAUCCUUGCUCAAAGCAAAGUCCAUUUCUUUUUGAGUUACCACUUGUCUUUGGCUUUCCUUCCAGCAGGAUACUGGAUGUGAUCAGUACUUUUAUUUGAACUGAGAGGAGAUGGUGCUUUCUGUGGACGGUUGUAUGGCAGGAGUAUUUCCAGGGUUAUACUGAAAUAGCUUUACACUCUGCUGCCAACUAGUUCUGUACUUAUACUGCUGUUUGUUUUGUAUUAUACAAGUGGACAGUGUAAAACCUGUUUGGGGGGUAACACAAGGUGAAGAGAAAUGCACUGUACCAAGAGCAAAUUAAGACUGGAGCAACAGUCUCGGUGACAGAUGCCCGGUUUAAUAGAUAAGCCUCAGUAGUACUAGGGAAAGUGGGUGCCAGUGUAUUAUCAGGAACAGCAGCUUUCCUGUUUCUGUCUUAUUUUGAGGGAUGUGUCUACAUGAUGCAGUGCAGAUACCCCUAAGGCAGCCAGCACAGCACUUGAGCUCUUGCAGAGCCACCCAGCUGUGCCUUUGCUCCAUGCUCAUCCAGCUGUGCUGAUCCAUCUGUGCUGACCCUGGCUCAGAGUCAGGGAAGGGCAGGACUCUGCAUCAUGUUCCCUUCAGACAUAACUUAAAAAAUGCUCAUGUCACCUAAACUUUAAAGCUUCAUUCUUCAGUAUAUUCAGGGAUCUGAAUUUCCCCAUACUUCCCAUCUUAAAGUAGCUCCUUCCUACUAUGAGCAGAUGUAAAAGGUAAAUACUUAAUUGUUCCUAUUAAACACAAUGAGAAAUG